AUGGCUAGUGAAGUAGGAUCUCAUAAGGAAAAAAAAUGGACUAGUGAAGAGGAUAGAAUGCUCAAGGAGUACCUUGUUGAGCAUGGGGAGGGCAAGUGGGCUUCUGUGGCUCACAAUUCAGGUCUUCAAAGGUCUGCGAACGACUGCAGAAAACGAUGGAUGAAUCACCUAAGGCCGGAAGUGAAUCACGCGGAGUUUACGGAGGAAGAACGUGAAACCAUCACACGACUCCACUCGAAAAUGGGAAACAGGUGGUCAAAGAUUGCAAAGAUGCUUCAAGGAAGAACUGAUGACCAAAUUAAGAGUUAUUGCAGAAUGAUGGAUUGA